CCCCGUCCGAAAGGUCACGACGUGAUCACUCAAUCAACGGCGAUCGCUCAUCGUCAGCGGCGCGCGCCAUUCCAGUUGUCACUUUUGAUUUCACCACCAACGACUCAACAACCAUGACCUUUCCCACAUUGAAGCUCACGUACUUCGACAUGACUGGCCGCGCCGAGCUCGUGCGCCUGGCGCUGCACGCGGGUGGCAUCCCGUUCGAGGACGAGCGCCUUACGCGCGAACAGUUUGGCGCGGUCAAGCCGACGCUGCCGUUCAAGCAGGUGCCGACGCUCACGGUCGACGGCGUCGUCAUGGCCCAGUCGCAUGCGAUGGCGCGCUACGCCGGCCGCCUCUCGGGCCUCUACCCGACCGAAGCGCUCGAGGCGUUCCGUGUCGACGAGCUUCUCGCGGCCUCGGACGACACGCUCGCCAAGCUCAUGCCGUCGUUCCGCGAACAAGACCCGGCCAAGCCGGCGCACGCCUAG